AUGACCAAUAACGAUCUACACGAUUCGAUGAGAAAGUUUUUCGCGGUAGAGGAUGCCGCAGUAACAAAACAGCUUGAAGCGGAGGAAGAUAAGCGAGCACGAAGCAUUCUGGAAGCCACGACUGUACGAAAGGGAAGUCGUAUGGAGACGGGUUUGCUUUUCCGAACAGAUGUUGUGAACUUCCCGGACAGCUUUCCAAUGGCGCUCAUCAGAAUGAAAGGUUUAGAGAAACGGCUGGCUAAAGAUCCUGAACUGCGUAGAAGAGUGAACGAGCAAAUGGAGAACUACGAACAGAAGCAGUAUAUCUGUAAAGUAUCCCCGGAAGAUUUGAAAAAGAUUAAUCCACAGCGGGUGUGGUAUCUCCCGUUAGGAGUGGUUAUAAAUCCCAAGAAACUCAACAAAAUACGAAUGGUGCGGGAUGCUGCAGCGAAGGCAGGUGGUGUCUCAUUCAACGAUAUGCUACUCAAGGGCCCGGAUCUACUCGUGUCUCUCGUAGAAGUUUUGCUACGUUUCAGGGAAGGCAAGAUUGCGGUAAGUUCCGACAUCCGCGAAAUGUUCCUGAGGAUUCUUAUUCGGGACGCAGACAAAUGGUCGCAGUGUUUCCUAUGGCGUACCAGCUCGGAGGAUGACAUCCAAGUCUACGUCAUAAAUGUCGCGAUGUUCGGGGCAACCAGUUCGCCAUUCACGGCACAAUUUGUAAAGAACAAAAAUGCUUAUGAUUACGUGAAAUUGUUUCCCAGAGCAGUAGAGGCAAUAGUUAAGAAUCAUUAUGUUGAUGAUUUUCUCGAUAGCGUCAACUCGGUCGAGGAAGCUGUUCAGCUUGUCCAGCAAGUACGGUUAAUUCACGCAGCAGCAGGAUUCGAAUUCGGGAAAAUUCUUUCCAACUCGCAAGAGGUGCUCGACCUUCUAGGUGAAACUGAGUCAUUGAGCAGCAAGUCCAUGAACCUAGAGAAAGAUUCUAUGUACGAGCGUGUUUUAGGUGUGAUGUGGGUCCCUACAGCAGAUCACUUCACUUUCGAUCAGACAGGGUUGGUAAGCGUCUCAAACAAUGGUGGAGUGGUCCCAACAAAGCGACAAGUCCUACGAACCGUGAUGAAGUUGUACGAUCCACUGGGAUUUGUGGCGCAUUUCGUGGUGCAAGGCAAAAUAUUGAUGCAGGAGAUAUGGCGCACAGGAACUAAUUGGGAUGAACCCAUAGCGGAGCAGUUACAUGAUCUAUGGGCCAGAUGGAUGGAACUCUAUACGAAAACGAACGAAGUGAAAGUCCCUCGAUGCUUUCUCGGAAACUACCUUCCGCAGGAGAUUAACGAAAUCGAAAUCCACGUGUUCACAGAUGCAAGCGUUGCCGCCUGCGCGUGUGUAGUCUAUUUGAGGAUAUCGUACUAUGGAGGAACCUGGUGUUCGUUAGUCGCAGCAAAAACGAAAGUGUCCCCACUUCGAACGCUGUCAAUCCCUCGUCUGGAGCUUCAGGCUGCCAUGGUGGGAGCACGUCUGCUGCAAAACCAACAGUCUUGGCGUGGCUUCGAUCGGAUAGCCGUCGAUAUCACCAGUUCGUUUCAUUCCGUGUGGCUCAACGUGGCUGACGAUGCCACCAAGUGGAAUUCAGGACCAUCGUUUGACCCAGAAAGUCGUUGGUUCAAAGGCCCACCGUUUCUAUGGGGCCCGAAGAAGCAGUGGCCGAAGCAAUCAACAGCAAUUAUUGAAUCGGAAGUGAAUGCGGCGUGUGAAGAACUUCGCAUGGUGGCCGUACACCGAACGGCUGAAGAAGUAAUCAAAGUUGAACGAUUCUCGAAUUGGAAUCGGUUGAUUCGAACAAUGGCCUAUGUUCACCGGGCAGUGAAAACCUUCAAGGGAAUUCUGCGUGAGGAAAAUUUGCAGCAUGGAUUAAGCCAGGAAGAUUUCGCGAAAGCCGAGCAGGCACUAUGGCGCCAGGCUCAAUCACAGGUUUAUACAAAGGAAAUUCACGAUCUGAGUAACGGCAGCAGCGUUGACAGAAGCAGUUCAUUGUAUUCACUGGUUCCGUUCAUGGAUGAAUUCGGAGUUAUUCGAGUUGGAAGCCGGAUCGGAAACGCACCAAACAUUCCAUAUGCAACGAAAUAUCCGGUUGUGAUGCCUAGGGAUCAUCAUAUUACCCUUCUUUUGGUACAUUCCUUUCACCAACGGUUUCUACACGCUAAUGGCGAAACAGUCUGCAACGAACUGCAGCAGCAAUUCUACAUACCCAAGCUUCGAGUGCUAGUACGGAAAGUUGGCCGAAACUGUCAGCAUUGCAAAAUAAAGAAGGCAGUCCCCAAGGCACCGCAAAUGGGACCACUGCCCAGAGUGCGCCUAACACCCUUCAUCCGACCGUUCACGUACGUCGGCGUAGAUUACAUGGGGCCGUUCGAAGUUAAAGUCGGGCGCAGUGUAGUGAAGAGGUGGAUCUGUCUGUUCACCUGUCUUACGGUACGGGCUGUCCAUCUCGAGCUAGCCCACAGUCUGUCGUCGACUGCCUGCGUGAUGGCAUUCAGGAGAUUUGUGGCCAGAAGAGGUGCACCAUUGGAAGUAUUUUCGGACAAUGGUACGAAUUUCGUGGGAACCAAUCGCCAGUUGUCUGAAGAGAAACAGAAAAUCCAGGAAAUCAUCGAGGACUGCGCCGCCACUUUUACAAAUGCGAAUACCCAGUGGCACUUCAACGUUCCGGCAGCUCCGCACAUGGGAGGACCAUGGGAGCGUAUGGUGAAGUCCGUGAAGACAGCAAUAAAGGCGAUAUCGGAUAGUCCACGACGUCCUAGUGAUGAGGUAUUGGAAACUAUCAUGUUGGAGGCUGAGGCUAUUAUCAACUCGCGACCUUUAACGUACGUUCCUUUGGAGGCACCCGAGGCAGAGGCACUCACGCCGAACCACUUCCUCCUGUACGGGUCGACCGGAAUCAAACAACCAAGUACUGAUCAGGUGAACGGAAACACGUUACAAGAUAGCUGGAAACUUGCGCAACACAUCAGGGACGAGUUUUGGCGUAGAUGGGUACGCGAAUAUCUUCCGACUCUAACAAGACGCACGAAGUGGUUCGAAGCAACUAAGCCGCUGGAACCUGGAGAUCUGGUGAUAAUCAUCGAUGAGCAGGCGAGGAGUCGUUGGGAACGAGGACGAAUAUUGAAGACCUUUCCGGAUACAUCUGGGCAAGUGAGGCGUGCUAUUGUGCAAACUGCCAGGGGAGUGUUCGCAAGGCCGGCGGUGAAACUUGCAGUUUUGGACGUACGAGGAAAUGAAGGGAGUCCGGAAAACGUCGCUCCGGAUACAGAAGUGGUUCACGGGUCGGGGAAUGUUGCCGAGACCCCUCGUCGCGGCGAAAAGAUGGUGAACCAACCUGAACCAUCGCGAGCGAGUCGGGCGAAACGGGUCUAG